AUGGAGCAGACGGAGAAAACAAAAGUCUAUGCUGAGAAAGGACUCUUGGGAAAGAUAAAGCUCUGGCUUUCAAAGAAACCACUGCCCUCUCCCACUGACCGAAAGAAGUUUGACCAUGACUUUGCCAUCUCCACUUCCUUUCAUGGGCUACAUAAUAUUGUUCGGAACCGGAGCAAAAUCCGCAAGGUGAUCUGGCUGGUGGUGGUCUUGGGCUCCGUCUCACUGGUGGUAUGGCAGAUCUACAGUCGCUUGGUCAACUACUUCACAUGGCCGACCACAACGUCUGUAGAGGUUCAGUAUGUGGAAAAGAUAGAGUUCCCAGCUGUGACGUUUUGUAAUUUGAACAGGUUCCAAACUGAAGCUGUAGCCAAAUUUGGUGUUAUUUUUUUCUUAUGGAAUAUUGUAUCCAAAGUCCUCCAUCUCCAGGAAAUCCGUGCCAAUUCUACUGGUUUUAAAGAGGCUAUUGAUUUUCUUGCAAGUCAACAAAACUUCAGCAUUGCAGAGUUUGUCAGGAAAAAUGGCUUUUAUCUCAACAACAGCACUUUGUUGAAAUGUGACUUUUUUGGAAAGCCAUGUGGCUCACAGGAUUUCGCACAUGUCUUCACUGAAUACGGAAAUUGUUUUACUUUCAAUCAUGGCGAAAAUAUCGAAGCAAGGGAAAAAGUGAGUGUCUCUGGAAGAGGGUUAAGCUUGCUCUUCAAUGUCAAUCAGGAGGAAUUCACUGAUGACCCCACUCUUGAUUUUGUUGAUGCUGGAAUCAUCUUUGUCAUCCAUUCACCAAAGAAGGUGCCACAGUUUGACGGGUUAGGUUUGUCAUCACCUGUGGGCAUGCACGCACGGGUAACCAUCCGCCAAGUGAAGACAGUUCACCAAGAAUACCCAUGGGGAGAAUGCAACCCUAACAUCAAGCUGCAGACUUUUAGUACCUACAGCACUUCUGGUUGCUUAAAGGAAUGCCAAGCACGGCACAUAGAAAAGCAAUGUGGAUGUUUACCUUUUCUUCUUCCCGGAAAAGGGAUAGAGUGUGACCUACAAAAGUUUUACAACUGCGUUUCUCCUACACUUGAUCACAUCGAAGUGAAGGGAUUAUGUACAAUGGGGACACAUAAUUCUAGCUGCCCUGUUCCUUGUGAAGAAACAGAAUAUCCUGCUACUAUUUCUUAUUCCACUUUUCCAAGUCGAAAAGCUUUAAAACAUCUUUCCAAGAAGUUGAACCAAAGCCAAAAAUACAUCAGGGAGAAUCUUGUAAACAUUGAAAUAAACUAUAGUGACCUAAAUUAUAAGAUAACUCAGCAGCAAAAAGCAGUGAGUGUAUCUGAAUUACUUGCAGAUGUUGGUGGCCAACUGGGCCUAUUUUGUGGAGCCAGUAUGAUUACAAUUAUAGAAAUUAUUGAAUAUAUAUUCACCAAUUUCUACUGGAUAUGCCUUUUGUUUUUGCUGAAGAUACCUGAAAUGACUCCAGGGCCUCAUCUACCUCAGAAUCACCUGGGGAAUAAAAAUAAUAUAGAAGAAUGCUGAUGUUCACUUAAGACAAAAACUUUUGUUUUUUCUUCUAUAAUAUUUUUAGAUUUUUAUGCAUGACUGACUCAUUGUUAUGUAAAUUUGUUAUAGUUUUGUGGACUAAAUAAAACUCAUUGUAAAUAUCUAUUUCUUUACAUAUAGUUUAUUUCUGUGGGUAUGUAUAUAUUAAUAUAAAUUGAUAUGUAUAGACAGGCACUGUCUUAUU